AUGUCCAAAGAGAAAAUGUUUUCGAUCGCAUCGCUUUUACUCGUUCUGUUUUCGACUCAAACAGAAGCAUUCGACUAUGUUCGUGAACAAUUUGCGUGAGUCGAUCCACCUCGAAAAAAAAAUAUUUCCCUUUUCAGACGAAUCGACCAAAGUGCUGACCCGUGUGAUAACUUCUAUCGCCACGCUUGUCCACCUGGCGACUAUGGAUGGCUUCCAAGUGAACGAUAUGAACAAGUGACUCAAGAUCUCCAUAAACAACAAAAAGAUAGAGUGUGGGAAAACCUUCAUUUUGUGGUAUUAAGAAAUCAAUGAAAAUGAGUCAAUUUUCUUUAUUUCAGAAAGACUUGGAAAACGUGAGAGUUGCAGAAAUUCCAGAAACAUUGGAUGAAAUUAUUGUUCAACUGUUUCAGUCAAGGUAAGUUGCCGAUAGCUUUCAGAUAAAAACAGUGAAGCAAUUGUCUAUAGUUGCGAGAAUGGGGACGACACAAGCGUCAUUCUAUCAAAGGUUGAAAAGAUACUAUAUCCGAACGGAAAUUGUCAUGCGUUUAAAUGUUUGCAACCUCUGGCUGGAGAUACUAAUUGUACCCGAGCCGCUGCUGAUUUGUUGUACCGAAUUGACAACAUGGGUGGAACCGAAGAUAUGAUCGAUUUUCUUAAAGUACGCCAUCAUGGUUUAAUCAGUAGCAUCAGAACAGUGAAUGCCAUUCUUGACGCCGGUUUGAUCGGAGGAAUCAGUCUGAUCAACGAAAUGCGACGAGCUAUGAUUGAGAAUUUGGUCGAUAAAAUUAAAGUAUGUGAAUUUUUCAUAUUUUUCUUUGAACAACUAAAUAUAUUUAGGAAACUCCGUGGGUCCAGAGAAAUGGAGUGGAAGCGGCUAUCGAAACUGUGGCAUCGAGUAUCUAUUUGGCGGAUAACAUUGGACUCGAAUUGAGAGAUAACAUUCAAGCACUAAUGGCCAUCGAGCUGGAUUACUUGAAAUGCUUGGCAGAUAUCGGAGAAGAAGAACUGCUUUGUUUGUUUUACGCGUACAGUCUCAACCAAAAACACAAAACAUGGGAUAACUUCAACUCAUUUUUUAACGCCGCAAAUGGUCAUCCCGUGAUUUUAUUUGGAUUCCCAUUGUUUCAUAUGGCACAAAAUGUGGAAUCCAUGGCUGCAAAGCUGGGAGGUGUCGGGCAAGUGGUGGGACACGAAAUCAGUCAUACUCUCAUCGAGGACCCCGAGAGCAAGUUCCUCCUGCCGGUCUCUUCAAAAGAAGCCGUUCAAUGCAUUCAGGACCAGUUCAACAACACGUGCACUGAGUUUGAAGAGGUACAACGCUAGUUUUUCUUAAAGUCUAUAAUACAACUUGUCUUCUAGGAAUCGUGCUAUGUUGACAAUAAUCAAAUCGACGAAAAUGGAUCUGACAUUCUAGGACUACAACUGGCCUAUCAGUUAUUUGAAACUUAUUACGGAGAAACUGCACAGGUUUGCAAGAAAUGCUUUGUAGGCAAACGACAAAUUUUUAGAAUGAGUACAUUCGAUUGAACCACAUGAACAUUACAAACCAGCAGCUGUUCUUCUACGCCAAUGCUUUCAAUUUCUGCAGUGUAUUUCUUCAGAUUACAUAAAAAUCGCUAAAACGGCUACAAAUUGCAGGGAAAAAUGGGAAGGUCGAACUUCGGCGAUCCGCAUUCUGUUAAUAACAUCAGAUCCAACGCGGUUGCACAACAUCCUGCUUUCCAACAAGCAUUCAACUGCCCGGAUGAUAGCCGAAUGAUGCGGACAGUGAGCAAACAGUGCAUCAUUUACGGAGAAGGCGCUCCGGAGACGAGGAAAUUCAAAAACAUUCACUAA